GCCAUUGAGAUGGUUGUUUCCGAAGUCACUCUCGAUUUGACAUUGUUGAAAACUUUCUGUCAGAAGACAUGUCAACCAACAGCGCAAACAACAGCCUGGUGCUUUUACACAAAUCCGUAAAGCAGCUGCGACUCGAAGCGGGCAUCCGCAGAAUGAAGGUUUCUCAAGCUGCAUCCGACCUUAAAACAUUCUGUUUACAAAAUGCCAGUAAGGACCCACUUCUUAUGGGGGUUCCAUCCAACGACAACCCCUUCCGACCCCCUAAAUCUUGUGCACUGUUCUGAGGAGUCAACAUAAAGAAUCUGGAGAAUCUUCUGAGCAUUCCUCUUUUACAUGAGUUUUUUUUCACUACAACUUUGAAUUGUGCCCAAAAUCUUAUUACUUGGUGCGUUUCACAGCACAUCUGGAUCAUCACUACUUCUACACUACAUGUGACAGGUGUAUUUGCAAAAAAAGAUUAUUUGAAGUCUCACACAUUUUAUAAUGUGAUUUAAUGAAGAAAAACAUUCAAAUAUAUUGUUUAACAUAGAUACAUGUCCAAAAAUUAAAGCUCAUGGUAUUUCAACUUUAGGAGAAACAGGAGGAAAUAAGAGUGCUCAGUUCUGUUCUGCUUUAAAGGGACAGUUCACCUAAAAAGGAAAAUUCUGUAUUCGUUUACCCACCCUCAAGUUGUUCCUAAUCUUGUGAUGAACAAAUUGAAAGAUAUUUGGAAGAAUGUGUGUAACCAAACAGUUAUUGGCCAACAUUGACUACCAUGGUAGGAACAAUUGUUUUUUUUAUUAUUUUCCUCUGUUGAACACAAAAAAUAAAUUUUGAAGAAUGUAGGACUGCAAACAAUUCUGGGGCACUUUUGACUACCAUGACAUUUUUCCCACUAUGGUAGUCAAUGGUGGCCAAGACCUGUUUGGGUACAAGUAUUCUUUCAAAUAUCUUUCUCUGUCUUUAUCGGAACAAAAAAUGUACACAAAUUUGGAACAACUCGAGGCUAAAUAAAUGAUGACCACAUUUUUAUUUUUGAGUGGACUGUCCCUUUAAAGUCUUGUUUUUUACAAACAUGUAUAAAGGACCAUUGAUAAAGUGACAGCUGGAAUGCAAAAACUCUUUGACAGGUUAGCCAAGUCUAUUUGAAUAUCAUUACACAGAAAAAGGUGAACGCAGCAUGUUUGUUACAAUGUGGUGUUGUUUAUGAUGGAACACUGAAUCACAAUGUUUUUUCGCGAUGCAAUUAGGCUUAUCUACAAUUUAUAAUUAAUUAACAUGUUAUUAAGACAUUUAAAUGUAUAAACCAUUUAGCUGUAUUGAAGGAAAAAUAUAUCUUGAGUCUCAGGUUCUUUUUCAUAAAGAUCAAUGCUGUCUUAACCUAUUCUGAAUAUUGUAUGAGGUACUACUUUCUCUAAAUGUAUUUUCUUUAGUCUGUAAGUGUUUCUGCAUUGUUUUGAAGUUUCUUAUGUUACACAUAACAGUGUUAACAAAAGAGAAUUUGAAUUAUACCUGUGUUGGUUAAAGGGUGCUGCCUUUCUCUGUCUUUACUGUUUGAACUAGAACACCAAAUAAUAAUUCUAAGUGUGCCAGCUGGUCUGUUUCUGCAUUUACUCUUUAACCGUGUGUGUUUAUUUCAUUUUAUAACUUUAUGAGUCGACCACUGGACAUUAAUGCAAAUCAUUCAUGCAAAUGUACAUUAUAAAGCAGUGCUGCGUAGGUAACCUUUUAACUCAGUUUACCUCACACAUGUCUUGGGUUUUGUUUUUGAAUGCUUACAGGACUAAUAUCUGCCUUUUUUUGCAAAAAAAAUCUAAAAUAUUACAACACCAUCAUAAACCAACUGUGCAUUACAAUAUGCAAUAGCAACAACCAGUCAUCAACAAUUGUACAAAAUAAAUCUAAUAUUCAUGUUAUACAGAUUUAGAGUUAUAACAAUAAGCAACAAAAUGGUUGUAUUUUGCUGCAUUAUAUUGAUACUUUUGUGUAAUGGGUUUCUACUUCAUAGCUGUUGUCCUUUUGUAAAUUCUGAACAUUGUAAUACACUACAAUACUUGUUUAGAUUUUCACUCUGGACUUGUUGCAGAAAGUCUGUGCCAGUCUGCAGAUUUGAUCAGUCGGUGUGUUUCUAUCUGAAACUUUUAAAAAGUCUGCAAGUGUUUGAUGUCUAGAUUUUAAAAGUCGGAAUUCCAGCCUUUAGGAAAGAUGCGUAUCCUGUUAUAUUUGUGCUGUGCCUGCCCUUCACAUGCAAUAAAAGUUUUCAAUCUCA